CAUUCCUUCAGUUCGUUUUUCCUGCAUUUUCUCAUCGUGUUUUCUGUGGAAGAACACAAACAAAAUGAGUUCUGCAGGGGAGGCUGAAGGCAGUAAGAGGAAUGUGCAUGAGACGAACUAUCAAAUAGAAACUGAGGUUGAGGCCAAAAGGAUGGAUGUUGAUGUUGUAGAUAUAUCAGAUGAAUCAGAUGAUUGCACUGCUAGGAACGAUGGUGUACAAAUUUUAUCUGAGGAAAUGGAAGACACUGCAACACAGAUGGACAUGACAAAUAUAACAGAGGCUGGUGCAAUUGAGAAGGAUGUGCUGUAUAGAGCGGAGAAUGCAAAUGGCCAUGAAAUUGAGGAAGAUGUCCUAUAUCGAGAGGAGAAUACAGAUCCAGACAAUUGGGAUCUGGGAGAUAUCCUAAAAGAAAUAGAGAAGUGUGGCAAGAGCAUGGAUAUAGACAUUGCAGAGCAAGUACAAGAACUAGGAAGCAACAUAGAUGUGGCAUCAGUUGCAGAAGAAACAGAUAGCAGUGAAGAGGAACAAGAUAUAUCCAAUGAAUUUGAAAGUGAAUUGUCUGAUAAAGAUCUACGAACCUUCUGCAGGGAUUCUUCCAAAGCAUUCUUUGACGAGUGGGGACUGAUUAGCCAUCAGCUGAAUUCAUUCAACCAUUUCAUGAGUCAUGGGUUGCAGAAGGUGUUUGAUGAUCUUGGUAUGUUUGAUGUAGAACCGGAUAAUACAAAAAAGAGAUCAUCAUCAGACACGUUACGUUAUUGGGCAUCCGUUACUUUUGGUAAGGUCACUGUGGAGAAGCCUUCCUAUAGCACCAGGGAAGGAAAGAGGCUGGCACUGAAACCUGCUGAGGCUCGGCUACGCAACAUGACAUAUUCAUCUCCCAUCUAUGUAGAAAUUACAACAAAGGUUUACAUUCAGGAAGGGAUGAAAACAAAUGACAAAUCAAAAAGCAGUUCAAGUUCAGUAAUGAACGAUGCAAAAAAUCUGACAGUUGUUAGUGAGGAACGGAAAAGAGUGUUUGUUGGACAAAUUCCUAUCAUGGUGAAAUCGCAUCUUUGCUACUUGAGCAGUCUAACUUGUAAGGAGUUACUUGAAGAAGGAGUUUGUUCAUUUGAAGUUGGAGGGUAUUUCAUUAUAAAUGGGACUGAAAAGGUUUUUAUUGCACAAGAAGAGCGAUGCACUAACCGGAUAUGGGUAUCAAAUACUCCAAGCUGGAUGGCAAUAUACACACCUUAUACAACUGGAUUUUCCACUUAUAAGAAGAAAGUAUUUGUCAAAAUCAUCAAGACAUCAAAAGAUGAUAAAUGGUGUGGUGGAAGACAAGUGAUCACAGUUAAUUUCUUGUCAAUUACAGUUCCAGUUGUGAUUAUGUUUUAUGCCCUGGGUGUUAAAUCAGAUCUUGAGAUGAUGCAGAUGAUAGGUAACGCAUCCAAUGACUAUGACAUGAGGGAGUUAUUAUUGUCAUCAAUUUACAAGGCAGAGGCAGAGAUAAGAAGGUUUCGAAGAAAAAAUAAAGCUUGGGAUUAUUUUAAUGAACGAUUCGAGAAAUGCAAAUUGCUGAAAGUUAAAGAUGCUGAAGAGGCCCUUAAAGAAUACUUUUUCCCAUACAUAGUGGGCUAUAAACAAAAAGCCAUGUUUUUAGGAUACAUGGUCAAUUGUCUAAUAUCAUCUUAUUUUGGUCAAAGACAUGUUGAAAACAAAGAUGAAUACAAGAACAAAAGAGUGGAACUGGCAGGGGAGCUUCUGGGCCGUGAAGUACAGGGCUUGGUUAGACAUUUCCGUAAUAGAUUUUCUAAAGGAAUUCAGAGAGAACUCUCAGUACAUGGCAACAUUAAUUCAAUGGAGAUCUAUGCUGAUGGUUCAAUCAUUACAAAUGGUCUUGUGAGAGCAUUUUCUACAGGAAAUUGGUGUCAUCCUAAUAAAUUCCAUACCAAAUGCACUGGUAUAGUGGCAAGCCUGAAGUCAACAAAUCCAUUGCAGACUAUGUCUGAGAUGCGUAGAUUGCGACUGAGGGUUCAAUAUGCUGCAAAACUAGGGGAUGCAAGAUACCCGGGUGGAAAAUUGCCAUUAACAGAAAGUUGGAAUCAAAAGGCAAGCAAUAAUAUGAGAUUUCUGUCACCAUACUAUUAA